GUAAAGCAUCUUAUCAAAAUCUCAUGGGCCGUAGAUUCACAACACAAUAUAGCUCAGUGCCUAGUGUUGAAACACCAAGAGCAACAAUGGCUUCCAGCAUCGAGAUUCUGGCGCCUACCACUUCCUUGCCCAGCGAGGCGGAUGCCGUGGAUGAAAUAACCCUUGAGCGGAUGGAAUGGGAGUCCCUCGUUCUGUGGCGUCGUCCUGUGCAGACCUUAAAAUAUGGAACUCUGGAGGCCGCUCAGUUGCUGAUAUCCUUCACCGCCAAGCUGCUGAAUCUGUGGUUGAUGGGCAUAGUGCUGCUGUUGGGCAUGCUUUGCCUCCUGCCCGGGCCCCAUGAGGACUUUGUGAUUUUCUGCCAGCAGAGGUUCGGAUUCGCUGUCUACUGGCUGGGACUGGGAGUGCUCUCAUCCGUGGGCUUCGGCACCGGGCUGCACACAUUUCUGCUCUACCUGGGACCCCACAUAGCUGCCGUAACACUGGCCGCCUACGAGUGCCAGACCUUGGACUUUCCCACUCCACCCUAUCCGGACAUGAAGGUAUGCCCGCAGGAGCCGUACAAGCACCAUCAUCCAGAUGUCUGGGAAAUUCUAUCAAAGGUCCGGCCAGAGGCGCUCCUUUGGGGAAUUGGUACGGCCCUUGGCGAGUUGCCACCGUACUUUAUGGCCCGAAGAGCCCGGCUCUCCAACAAGGAAUUGGACGGAGCGGAGGCGGAGAAGUUAUUGGCAGCCAAGCUAAUGAGCGGCGACCUCAACCUUUUGGACCGCGCAAAGUUGUUCAUGGAGCGGGUAAUGCGCAGAGUGGGCUUUCUGGGAAUUCUGUUUUGCGCCAGCGUUCCUAAUCCCCUGUUCGAUCUGGCUGGAAUUACUUGUGGCCACUUUUUGGUGCCCUUCUGGAAGUUCUUCCUAGCCACCCUGAUCGGCAAGGCGUUGGUCAAGGCCACCAUACAGCAGUUGUUUGUUAUUGCGUCUCUGACCGAAGAUCUGGUGAAUAAGUUUGUGGUCUGUCUGGGCCAGGUGCCCUACCUUGGGACCCCAUUGCAGCAGAUCAUCAAGGACCUCUUGCGGUCCACCAAGCUGCAGAUGCACGGCACCGGCAAGUCCGAUUCCCUGGCUUAUCUGAAUCUCCUGGUGAGAGCCUUUGAGCUAUGUGCCUUCGUCAUGGUCGCCUGUUUUGUUAUAUCCUCGCUGAACUGCCUGGCCCAAAUCCAUUGCAAGCGCCAGCAGGAGAAGGAGCGGAAGUUGCGCAACCUGCAGAUGAUCCUAUAUGCCGACAAAGAGGCAUCCUCAUCGGAGGAGUUCACAGUUUAAGCAGCAGAUAUAAUAUAUUUUGUAAAGCUAA